ACACCUCCCUUCUUCAUAACAUUUUCGACUUACUUUCAAUACUACAGACACGAUCGCUCUUACAUUGUAAAGCUUCAUCACCCCGGCUCAAUGUGUCAAACCCAGUUUCAUACCUUGCUGCAGGCUCUGCCAAAAUGCGAGCACCAUCUGCAUCUUGAGGGAGCAUUGACACCAGAGACAUUGUUCGCAUUGGCCGUAAAGAAUGGUAUCCAGCUGCCCUCUGAUGAUCCCGCAUUUGCUAGUCCAGCAUCUCUUGCACUUCGAUAUCAGCGCUUCACUUCGCUUGACGACUUUCUUCACUACUAUUACCUUGGGAUGAGCGUGCUGCUGCAACCAUCAGACUUCGAGAGCCUGGCCUGGGACUACUUCCUCCAUGCAUCGAAGGACGGAGUAGCCCAUGCAGAACUCUUCUUCGACCCGCAGGCCCACCUUGCUCGUGGUGUACCAUAUGAGACCAUCGUCUCCGGCUUCACAAAAGCAAGAAUGAGGGCUGAAGCAGAGUUGGGCAUCAGCAGCCUGCUUGUAUGCUGCUUUCUCCGUCAUCUUCCACCGGUUGAGGCAGUCGCUACGUUCCGUUUACCUGAAGUACAGCAUAGCUUCACCAGCGGCCAGGUCACUGGCAUUGGCCUUGACUCCAGCGAGCUCGAAUACCCACCCGAGCUGUUUACGGACCUCUACGCUAGCGCUAGAGACCUCGGACUGAAGAGGACGGCGCACGCUGGAGAAGAAGGACCUCCUUCAUACGUAACCACCGCACUGGAGGCGCUACGCAUCGAGCGCAUAGACCAUGGUAUUCGCAUAGCCGAAGACCCUUCCCUGUUGACGCGUGUAGCUGAUGAAGGCAUUCUCUUGACCGUGUGUCCCAUCAGCAACGUCUUCCUACGUUGUGUCCCGUCUGUCGCGGAUCUGCCAAUACAAGCCUUCAUGCGCGCAGGCGUGCGUUUCAGCAUCAACUCAGAUGAUCCUGCGUAUUUCGGUAACCACUUUUUGCUUGACAAUUACUGCGCUGUUCAGACUGCCUUCGAUCUUACGGCGAACGACUGGAGCGUCAUCUGUAAGAACAGCAUCAACGGAAGCUGGUGUUCUGCAUCCAGGAAGGAGGCAUUGCUGCGAGGAUUGAAGAGUGUUAUCGAUGAUUGGACCUCCGUUCAAGAUCCGUGAGCUGCGCGAUGAGGAAGGAUGAUGGAAGAGGACCUAUCGAUGAACGUUUGCUGCUCGUACGGCGUAGCCGAUCGCCGUUCGUAUUGCGGGCGGCUAGUGAUGCGUUGGCACGCGGUGGCUGCUCAGAAGCCUUUCGAAUACGAGGCCGUUUGCGCCCGUGACGUGCCGCUUUGUCUGCAGAACCGGCAGAACGGCACUUAUCUUUUUACCCUGCGAGCGAACGCUUGUGAGAGGUCCAGCGACUCUGGAGAAGUCUAGCAUGGAUCGUAUAGUUGUACCGUGGCUGGCAAACACCCCAUCCAAGGUAUAGUCAUAGAUUAGCAGCCAGAUAGCGACACGGCAGUUGCA